ACUCCUCUCUCACUUCCCAACUCCUCCCCUCUCCAAUCAUGCCUGGCCAAAAGCUCUUCCAACCUAACCCCCCUCCCGAUCAGUCUCUCCUCCCGGAGUCCGUCCUUGACCUCAGCGUUAAGCUCGACAUCAAGCAUGCUCUUUCCGAUGAAGAACUUGUCGCCGUUAAGCAGUUCCGCAGAGCUGCCGACUACAUCGCUGCCGCCAUGAUCUUCUUGAAGGACAACGCCCUCGUAGAGCGCGAUAUCACCCCCGAAGAUAUCAAGCCCCGCCUCCUCGGCCACUGGGGAACCUGCCCCGGCCUCACCCUCGUCUACGCCCACCUCAACCGCCUCAUCGCCAAGACCGGCAUCGACGCCCUCUACGUCGUAGGCCCCGGCCACGGCGCUCCCGCCAUUCUCUCUUCCCUCUGGCUCGAGAGCUCCCUCGGCAGCUUCUAUCCCAAGUACUCGCGCGAUAGGCAGGGCCUCUCUGCCCUCAUCGCUUCCUUCAGUGCUCCUGGCGGUUUCCCAAGUCACGUCAAUGCCGAGACACCAGGGUCGAUUCACGAAGGUGGCGAGCUCGGUUACGCCCUCGGCGUGUCGUUCGGUGCCGUCAUGGACAAGCCCGACCUUGUCUGUGUCGUUGUCGUCGGCGACGGUGAAGCCGAGACCGGCCCGACUGCUACCGCAUGGCACGGCUACAAGUACAUCGACCCCGCAGAGUCUGGGGCGGUGCUCCCUAUCGUACACGUAAACGGCUUCAAGAUCUCCGAGCGAACCAUCUACGGUACCAUGGACGACAAGGAGAUCGCUGCGCUCUUCGCCGGGUACGGAUACCAGGCGCGCAUUGUCGAGGAUCUUGACAACAUCGACCUGGACCUUGCGGCGAGCAUGGAGUGGGCCCUCGGCGAGAUUCACAAGAUCCAGAAAGCAGCCCGGAGCGGUAACCCCAUCGUGAAGCCGCGCUGGCCUGUGCUCAUCCUGCGCACACCUAAGGGAUGGUCAGGCCCGAAAGAACUCCACGGCGAGUAUAUCGAGGGCUCUUUUAGGUCCCAUCAGGUCCCCCUUCCGAACGCGAAAAAAGAUGCGGGCGAACGAGAGAUACUUCAGACGUGGUUGCGCUCUUACAACCCGAAGGAGCUGUUCGGCUCCGACGGCGUCCCCAACCCUAAUAUCCUGUCCAUCAUCCCGAAGGAGGAGAGCAAGCGCUUGGGCAUGCGCGAGGAAGCGUACAAGGCAUACACCGCGCUCAGUGUCCCAGAGUGGCGCGAUUUCGCUGUCGAGAAGGGCUCCGCGCAGAGCCCCAUGCAGGUGACCGGCGAACUGCUCGACGCCGUCGCCCAGCAGAACCCGCACUCCUUCCGCGUUUUCUCCCCGGACGAGCUGAUCUCGAACAAGCUCGACGGCGUCCUCCGCCACUCUGGACGCAACAUGCAGUGGGACGUCGCGUCUCGCGCCUCGGGCGGCCGUGUCAUCGAGAUCCUCUCGGAGCACACCUGUCAGGGCAUGCUCCAGGGCUACACACUCACCGGCCGGACGGGCCUCUUCCCGAGCUAUGAGGCGUUCUUGGGCAUCAUCCACACGAUGAUGGUGCAGUACGCGAAGUUUGUCAAGACCGCCGCUGAGGUGCCGUGGAGGCAGCCGAUGGGCUCGCUCAACUAUGUCGAGACGAGUACGUGGACGCGGCAGGAGCAUAACGGUUUUUCGCAUCAAAACCCAUCGUUCAUCGGCGCGGUGCUGAACUUGAAGCCGCACUCGGCACGCGUGUACCUCCCCCCGGACGCGAACUGCUUCUUGUCGACGAUGGCGCACUGUCUACGCGCGAAGAACUAUGUCAAUCUGAUGGUUGGCAGCAAACAGCCCACGCCUGUGUGGUUGAGCCCAGAAGAGGCUGAUCGGCACUGCAUCGCCGGCGCGUCAGUCUGGAAAUUCGCGUCCACGGACGAGGGCAUGGCCCCGGACGUCGUUCUCGUCGGCAUCGGCGUGGAGUUGACGUUUGAGGUCAUCGCCGCGGCGGCGCUGCUCCGGAAGGAGAUCCCCGCCCUGCGGGUGCGCGUGGUGAACGUGACAGACCUGAUGAUCCUCGGGCCGUUUGGGUCGCACCCGCACGCGCUCAGCGACCAGGGCUUCGAGUCGCUCUUCACGCGCAACAAGCCCGUCAUCUUCAACUACCACGGGUACCCCGUCGAGCUCAAGGGCCUGCUGUUCGGGCGCGAGGGCCUGGAGCGGAUGACGAUCAACGGGUACCAGGAGGAGGGGACGACGACGUCGCCGUUCAUGAUGAUGCUGCUCAACCGGACGAGCCGGUACGACGUCGCGGCGCAGGCGGUGCGCGCGGCGGCGCUGCUGAACCCGCGCGUGGAGAUCGACGCGCACAAGACGGUCAGCCACAUUUUGCACCUGGCGCAGAAGCACAAGGAGUAUAUCCUGCAGCACGGGGCGGACCCGGAGGACACGUUUGAUGUGCCGAAGUUCAGCGAGUAGAAGUAGACCGCGUGUUUCGGGCGGGUGGGAUACUCAGGUCGUCCUCAGGGUCCCUCACGAAGGAGGGGCGGUACUAGUACGGUGGAAGUGCAAGGACAAUGUCGAGUUGAAGUGUGACGGUCUUGUUCACGUGUACUUGUAUCUCGUUGGCAUUCGUAGCUUGUUGUAGCUGUACCCUUAGAUCUUAAUUUCACUCAUGUCGAAAGACAUUCUUGCUGUCGCGCAGAAAAU